AUGUCAGAAAACAGCCUUACCAGAAAUCAAAGCCAGACUGAAUUCAUCCUGUUGGGAAUUACAGACAGCCCUCAUGCACAGACCCCUCUUUUUGUCUUGUUUCUAUUGACUUACAUUGUCACUCUGAUGGGGAACGUUGGCAUUAUCUCAUUGGUUCGGGUGUCUCCCAGCCUCCACACCCCCAUGUACUUCUUCCUCACCCAUUUUGCCUUCACUGACAUCUGCUAUUCCACAGUCAUCUCCCCCAGGAUGCUGGCAGACCUCUUAUCAGAGGACAAAACCAUUUCUUUCACUGCCUGCAUGAUGCAGUUCUUCACCUUUGCUUUCUUUGCUGCUAUUGAGUGUCACCUGCUAGCCAUGAUGGCCUAUGACCGGCACGUUGCCAUCUGCCAGCCCCUGCUCUAUGUGACCAUCAUCUCCAGCCAUGUCUGCUGGCAGCUGGUAGCAUCAUCCUACCUAUUCGCCUUCCUCUGUGCCAUCAUCUGCACAUGGUGUGUGUUUGGAGGUUCCUUCUGUGGUCCCAACCACAUUGACCACUUCUUCUGUGAUGAAUUUCCUGUGCUACAGCUCGUGUGCUCUGACACCCACAGCAGUGAGAUGAUCUUUUUUGCCUUGUUCACCAUCAAUGUGGUGGGUGCAAGCGUGGUCAUUUUGCUUUCCUACAUCUCUAUCAUUCGCACAGUGCUGAGGAUGUGCUCAGCACAGAGCAGGGCCAGAGCCUUCCACACCUGUGGCUCCCAUUUGAUGGCGGUUUCCUUAUUCUUUGGGCCAGGAUUCUUCAUGUACUUACAACCUUCUUCUAGCCACAGGAGCCUGGAUAAGGUGGCCUCCAUCUUUUACAUCGUGGUCACUCCCAUGCUCAACCCAUUCAUCUACAGCCUGAGGAACAAGGAGGUGAAGGGAGCUCUGAUCAAGGGAUAUAACCAGCCUUGGAUCCUGGGGAUCCCCGACUCCGAAAGCCGAGGGGUCGACCUGGAGUCUGCGCUGGAGCUUUCUGCCAGAGGCUCCAGGUAA